AUGACCACUACGAACAAAAAAGACAACCAGGACAUUGAGGGAGCUGCUAGUUUCCACGAUGAAGGCCCGGAAAAGAAUCACACGGACUACAAGCUGGUCGAUAAAGAGGUUGCCAAAUAUGCCACAGACACGGCUAUUCAGAUCGAUGAUGCGACAAACAAACGAUUGCGACGAAUGAUCGAUAAGCGCAUCUUAGUGGUGAUGAUGUUCACAUACUUGAUCCAAACGUUGGACAAGGGGGCAAUGUCUUUUGCCUCAAUUAUGGGUAUUAUGGGGGAUGCACAUCUGGAACAUAACCAGUACCAAUGGCUGACGACGGUCGUUUAUCUCACAAUCCUGGUCGUUGAAUAUCCGGAAAACUGGAUUAUUCAACGGGUGCCAAUUGGAAAAUGGCUUUCGGCAAACAUCCUGCUAUGGGGUAUCUGCAUCACACUCAUUUCUGCGAUGAAGAAUUUCACGGGAUUGGUUAUUCUUCGAGCGUUCAUGGGUGCCUUUGAAGCUGCAUGCCAGCCGACCUUUGUUAUUCUGUCUGCCACCUGGUAUCAGCGAGAAGAGCAGGGAAGUGUCAUCAACUACUGGUCAGUCUGGAUCUCCACUACUAUAAUUGGUCGUCGCUCACACUCCCCUAACAGGUACAUGAUGAAUGGACUCCAAAAUAUUGUCGGUGGUCUCUUGGCUUUUGGAUUCUCUUUUGUUCCCUCUUGGUCUCCACUCAAGUCGUGGGAAGCGAUGUUCAUGACAUACGGUCUUAUCACGGUGAUCUGGGCAGUGUUCGUGUAUUUCUGGAUGCCAGACUCACCCAUGAGAGCCAAGUGCUGGACUGAAGAAGACAAACAAUUGAUGGUUGAGCGAGUGCGCCAAAACCAGACUGGUCUCCAGAACCGACAAUUCAGAAAGGAGCAGGUUUGGGAUGCAUUGACUGAUCCACAAUUAUACGCAUUUGCGCUCAUUCAACUUCUGACGACUAUUCCAUCUGGCGGAAUUGGUGCCUAUGCCAACAUCAUCCUCAAAUCAUUCGAUUUCACUACUUGGGAAAGUCAGCUCCUCUCCAUGGUUAUUGGAGCGGUUACAACAAUCACCAUGCUCGUCUCUGCCUACCUCGACCGGAAAUUCCACCAAACUAUCUGGAUUAUGAUUGCUUCCGUUAUCCCUUCCAUCAUCGGAUCAUCGAUCCUCGUUGGAAUUCCUUUCACCCCAAGCAAGAGAGUUGGCAUGCUUAUCGCAUACUGGAUCUUCUACUCAUUCUUUGCAGUCUCCUCUCUCUCGCUCGCUCUGCUCUCUCGAAACGUUGCCGGCCAAACGAAGAAAUCAAUCAUUAUUGCUUGUAACUUCGUGUUCUGGGCUGCGGGUAACUCGAUCGGCCCGCAGGUGUUCCGCGAUAAAGAUGCGCCACGAUAUUAUCUCGCAUUCUCGAUUUUGCUGGGAUGCUUUGGUCUUGUCGUCCUCAUUCUUCUCUCCCUGAGAGUCUGGUAUAGCGUUCAGAACCGGAAGCGAGAUGCUAAGAUCGCGACAGGAGAGGUGAUUCCCGAUGUUAACUAUACUCACGGCUUUGAGGAUAUCACCGAUCGGGAAAACCCGCAUUUCCGAUAUGUUUAUUAA